CUCCACAUCGACAUCGAAAGUUCCCCUUUGUUUUGUACAAUUUAUCCCAAAGAAAAAGAAAGAAUUCCAUUGGCUGUUCCAAAGUAAAGUCCAAAAAUGGCCAAAACAGAAACUCCCAUCGACGUAGCCUUGAAUGAACAGCAGGUGGUGGUGCCCAAUGCCAUAGCCAACAGGCCGGCUGUGGUGGUGGAUGCCCCGGCUGCUCGCCCACAGAGAUUCACGCUCCUCGAGAUCUACCAGAUGAUUACAGCGCUCACCUGGCCCUGGAUUCUGUUCGACUUGCUCUCGCGCCACAGGCUGAGCUCCGUCUUUUUGGGCUUGGGCCUCCUGGUCGUCGACAUCCUCGAGGCGCUCCAAGGCUUCAAUCUGAUCCAACAGCUGGCGAUAUUCGGCACAGGCAUCCUGCUCCACGUGGCGGGCUACACAUCCUUGCGGCCGUACCUGCGAUUCCGGCCCUACGAGAGGCUGAUCAACGUCGAUGUCGAUUUGAGCUUGACCCCGGAAACGGCUGUCCGCCUGGUCAACUACAUCAACCGCUGGGUGGUCACGCUGCAGUUCUUCUUCUUUGGAACCGAGUUGUUUGAGCUGCUGCUGAUCACCAUUGCCCUGGAGGUGGUGCACUCCAUCUGCAUGCACCUGGACGCCUUCUUGCUGAUCAGAAUUGCCUUCUGUACGGCGUACGCCAUUCCAAGGCUCCGCGCCUUCAUCGAACAUCUGAAUCCCUUCUCCAGAGCCUACUUUCUGCUCAAGGCAAAGCAAUCCGUGCUGGCGAUCGUUGCCAAGCUGGAGGGGAUGGGCUUUGAGGUCAAACUGGGCCUCAUUGAGCGCUGGAAGAUGGAGGUGGAUGCACUGAGGGAGCUCUACUUCGAGUACGAGUACUGGCGAACCCAAGUGCAGAUCUACGAUGUAGAGAUGUUGUAAAUGGGCACACCUCUGUUCAAUUUUCACGUACCACAAAUACGCCUUAAGUAUUUAAAUUAAAUUACACACACAUUGUUUCCAUAUUUUUGCAUACCUACGAGUACUCACACACGCAAACGCAGUGCCUUAAAUUGUUAAUUA